AGUUGCCAUCUUGGGUUAUGAUUAUGUUAAGGAUUUUCUGAUUUGUCCUCAUGUUUUUCAUUUUUUAUUUUAACUAUUCAAGCAGGUCUCGCACAUUUAAUCUCUCGUGAGUUGUAGGAUAUGAGAUUUCCACACCCACAGAUUUCAUUUAUAUAUGUGGUGGAGACAUGGUUGCUUAUAUGAAAGUCUUGGUUCAUAAUUCAUUAUUCUGAUCCUAUAAUGCACCUAAUUCUAAUUUCUAAGUUCUCAAAUGCUGGUGAGUUGCAGUCUUCAGGACCAGUGCUGUAACUUCAGCUGCAGGAUCUGCAUAUGCAGAGUUUGGAAAUACCAAGGUUAUUGUGUCCGUAUUUGGGCCAAGAGAAAGUAAGAAAGCAAUGAUGUAUAGCGAUAUAGGGCGGUUAAAUUGUAAUGUCAGCUAUACAACUUUUGCCACCACAGUUCGAGGACAGGGAUCAGACAACAAGGAGUUUUCCUCAAUGCUUCAUAAAGCUUUGGAGGGUGCAAUAAUUUUGGAAACAUUCCCCAAGACAACUGUUGAUGUAUUUGCAUUGGUGUUGGAAUCUGGUGGCAGUGAUCUUCCUGUUGUAAUAUCAUGUGCUAGUCUUGCCCUAGCAGAUGCUGGAAUCAUGAUGUAUGACCUUGUUGCAGCAGUUUCUGUGUCUUGUCUAGGGAAGAACCUUAUCAUUGAUCCGGUACUGGAAGAGGAAAGCUACCAAGAUGGAAGCCUAAUGCUUACGUGCAUGCCUUCACGUUAUGAGGUCACUCAACUAACUAUUACAGGAGAAUGGUCCACCCCAAAUGUUAAUGAGGCAAUGCAACUUUGCCUUGACGCUUGUGCUAAGCUUGGUGAAGUCAUGAGAUCAUGCUUGAAAGAAGCCGCCUCUGCUUCACAGGACUAGAAGCUGGAAGCUUUUCUUGGUUUUGGCUUUUAAAGUUUUUUUCACUGCAAUAUCAUUUUUUUUUUUUUUUUGGUAAUUUACACAGAUCCUCAAGGAUUUUUUUUUCUUUUAACUGAGAAAGGAGCUGUGUCUUUCCUCUUUUCCACAUUCGUUUACUCUCAUUCCCACUGCCAGCGAAUCUCUACUCUUCUCCCUCUUUCAUUUGAAUAAAGGGGAAAUUACUGA